AAUUUCGGUUCAGUAGUUGUUCUCAAGGCUCAGAAGAGGUUACGAAGAAGAAGCGAUCUACGUCUCAGGUCAGGCUCGGCUCUGCAAUCUCAACGCGCACGGUGUGGUUUACCAAAACCCCACAAUACUCACAAAAAACUCUACCCACAAAGCUGUGUUCACAUUCCCCCACCUCCACCACACCCACAAAACCACAACUCGAUCUCCUCUUCCGGAAUCACCAAAGUUUAACUCUACAUCAUCAAACUAUCAGAGAGUAAAGAAAGUUCAUAGUUAUUGGUCACUGGUCCAACUUGGUUGUGGUGGGAGGGAGGAAGGGUGCGGUGCGGUGAUAUCUUCCCCUGUUGACUGACGCCUGCUGCAGUCAUCGUCGACUCAAGGCAGAGAGGAUGGCCUCAACAAUUCAGUCUCUCCUGUCACUGGCAGUCCAUCUCAGUUGCGUCUACUACACCUCCGUCUGCUACUGGUCAGAAAAGAGAAAAGGUAACAACGGUUUUGGCUGUUGGUUUUACAUAGGGCACGUUCUUCGGACCACACUCACCACACACCAACCCAAUAACUAUGGACUCCAUCACCUAUUUUGACGACCGGAUACAUCUCACCGCCUACAAACCUCGCAUUCGAAACAUUGCCAAUGAGCUCACUCUCGCAAAGGUGACUGAAGAAGCUUUUUUCAUCUGCGACCUGGGUGAAAUCAUUAAGAAGCAUGAAGAAUGGAUCUCCCAAUUGCCUCGCGUACAACCUCAUUAUGCGGUCAAAUGCAAUGACAGUCGUCUGGUUCUACAAACAUUGGCUGGACUUGGAACAGGAUUUGAUUGCGCCUCCAAGGCGGAAAUGCGCAAAGUGCUGGAUCUUGGGGUAAAUCCUUCCAGGAUCAUUUUUGCUAAUCCUACCAAGCAAAAUUCGCAUGUCCGUGCAGCCGCUGAAAACAACGUGGUUCGAAUGACAUUUGACAAUGAGGGGGAGCUGCACAAGAUCAAAGCACUUCAUCCCCGAGCGCAGCUGGUCAUUCGAAUUCGUUGCGACGCGGAGAAAGCUCAGUGCCAACUCGGAAUGAAGUUUGGAGUUUUGGUGGAAGAGGCUCCAGAUUUGUUGGAGGCAGCACACGCUUUGGGUUUGGACGUAAUUGGAGUGAGUUUCCAUGUCGGGUCGGGUUGCAUGGAUCCCCCUGUGUUCGAUCGGGCCAUCAAGUCUUGCAAGUGGCUUUUUGGCGUUGGGAAGGAGAUUGGUUUUGAAAUGAACUUUUUGGAUAUUGGCGGAGGAUUUCCGGGAAACACGGGAACAUCCAUUAAAGAGAUCGCGUCCGUGGUCAACGGAUCUUUGGCUGCUCAUUUUCCGGAAGAAUGUGGUGUUGAGAUUAUCGCAGAGCCGGGCCGAUUCUACGUCGCUUCGGCAUUUACAUUGACCACACUGGUGCAUUCGAUUCGAGAAAUUAAAGGAAAUGAGACAGGAGACAACAAGUACAUGUACUACAUCAACGAUGGCGUUUAUGGCAGCUUCAAUUGCGUCAUUUACGACCAUGCCGUGGUUCACCCAGAACUGCUCAAGAACUAUGAAGACGACAAGAAGACGUAUGAAUCAAGUAUCUGGGGCCCAACUUGUGACGGGCUAGACAACGUUUGUCCGCGAGAAAUGAUGCCGAAACUGGAUAUGGGCGAUUGGCUUCUCUUUCGUAAUAUGGGGGCUUACACUUUGGUAGCAGGUGGAACAUUCAACGGAUUCCCGACGCCGAAAAUCUAUUUUGUGGCAUCAUAUGAAUCAUGGUGUCAAUUGAAGGAAUUCAUGAAUCCAGAAGAAUUUGUCACUGACAAUGUGCCAAUUCUAAUGAAGGCGGGCGUGGGAUGCAACCGCGAUGCUGUCGGAUGGGCUUCUGUCGCGGGGGCAGCUGGCUCUAGCUCUGGCUGCCUAAAUAAUGUCCUCAAUGUAUUUGAGCAACCACUCCCAGCCGUGGUUUGCGACAGUCCAAAUAACACCAACAACUAUUUGGACAAUGUCUUUCAGUUUCCUGCAAACAUUCAAGCUCAAUAAUGACGCUCAUUCUAUAAUUCAUAAUUCAUUUAAUUUCAUGGGACGUUUUCAAGGAGUCUUCUUACCCGAUCCAUCAUCGUACUGAUGUCUCCUCCUCCCACUAUUUCCUCAAUCUCUAUUCCAUUAUCUAUAUAAAAAUGUUUUUUGCUCUAUAGUUUCACUCCGAAGCAGAAGAAGGUUCAUGAGAUUCUUUUGAUGAAGCAAUUUUUUAAUUCAAUUUUAAUAAUUUAUGAAUGAUGUUCGUCUCGUCUCGGCUUUGAUUAACACUCAUCAGACGAGAUGAUAUCAUUUGACUAGUUUUACUACACACAUUUAUGUUAGCAUAAGCUUCCGGGGGUUUAACAUUUAAGAAUACAUCAACAGAUGACUCAAUCACAAUUUAUUCUUAUGUACAAAUGGAACUGAUUUUUAACUGCUCUUGGAAUAAAAAUUGUGGGAUAUUUGUCAAACCAUAA